AUGCCAGGAAAGCACGUCCACUUUUCUGAUGCCCCCGACGAGGCGUACUACCCCUUCCCCUCCACACCCUCGCCGUCCUACUCAGUGAGCUCGCUGCCGUCUUCCACGGGCCCAACCACUCCCCCGCAACCCACCUACCCCUAUCUACCGCUUGCCAUCGCCAGCGGCAGCACCCACCGCGUUCUCCAGCCGCACCACCUUGUCUGGCGCGUCGUGCUCCCUACCGCCAAUGUACUCCCCUCGAAAGUCAACGCGGGUAUGCCCCAGCACGUGCUCUUCGAGCCCGCAACCAACCCCCCGCUGCCCGCCCUUACUAUCGUCCACCCACGGCUUGGGUCAUGGCGCAUAGAGGUCACACCCAAGCCUGGCUCGGGGAGUGUUGUCAGGGUCUGCGAUGUGCUGGAGGGGGUAUACACAUCGCUACGACAAGGGGCAGCGGAGGCCGACUUCAAGAAUUUGCCGAGUAAAGUCGCGCAACAAGAGGUCACGAAGGCCUAUGCGCGGCGGUACAGCAACAUCCCUGACCCCGCUGCGCAAAUAGUUGAGCAGAAGAAGGGGCUCAAGCGGGUGGACUUUUUGGGGAAGUGUGUGAACUGGGUCGGGGUCGUUCCCUCAACGACAGUGCCAGGGGCAUUCGAACUCAUAUUGGCAUAA